GUGGACGCGACGCCAACAGCGUCAGCGCCUCCUCCCGCUCUCCUCCGCCCUGCGCUCUCGCCCCCCUGCCGCUCGGCCCCCCUUGGUCCCUCCAAUGCCGCCACCCAUGGCGCUGCUGCCGCUCUCCUCCACCGCCGCGUCCGCCGCACUCCCGCACUUCCGCCCCUGCCCGCCCGCCGCGCUGCUUCUGCGCCUACCCUCCGCCCGCGCCCGCGCGGUCUCCACCGGCUACGCGGCGUCCUUCUACGGCGGCUCGGCGAUGUCCGCGGCCGGCGGCGCGGACGAGGAGGAGGUCGGCGACGAGUCGGGGUUCGGCCCGGGGCUCGGUCUCGGCGGCGGCGGCCUCGGGAUGUCGGCCGCGGAGGCCGCGCUGGCGCUUGAGGAGCGCGAGAUGCCGCCCUGCCCUCCCGGCCUGCGCCAGUACGAGACCAUGGUCGUCCUCCGCCCCGACAUGUCCGAGGAGGAGCGCCUCGCCUUCAUCCAGCGCUACGAGGAGCUGCUGGUCGCCGGCGGCGCCAUGUACGUGGAGGUCUUCAACCGGGGUGUCAUCCCGCUGGCAUACAGCAUCAGGAAGAGGAACAGCCGGACCGGGCUGCCAUCCACCUACUACGACGGCAUCUACCUCCUCAUCACCUACUUCACCAAACCGGAGUCCAUGGACGCCCUGCAGCUGAGGCUCAACGCCGAUGACGACGUCAUCCGCUCCACCAGCUUCAAGGUCCGCCAGCGGAAGGCCGUCUAGACGCCUGGGUUGGAAAGCUUCAUCAGGCCUUGAAUGAAUAUUUUGUUCAUACCAUACAAGAAUUCUGCUGUACUGCGGGUAGAUGUAUGCCUCCUUUGCCAUGAUUGAGAAGGAAAAUGUUUUGGUCUUUUUCUUGUCUUGUGGACUUGUGGUUCUUGAAAAUGGACGUCUGAUCGUCGUUCACCAAAGGAACACUUUAGCAGAUUCAAAUGAUGAUCAGACAGUCUGUUGAACAAAUGCAGCAUAAUCUAUAACGGUACAACCA